AUGGAUGACGUAUAUAAAGCAGCGGUUGAGAACUUGACGGAGGAGCAGAAAAAUGAGUUCAAGGCUGCGUUCGACAUCUUCAUCCAGGAUGCAGAGGACGGCUGCAUCAGCACCAAGGAGUUGGGGAAGGUGAUGAGGAUGCUGGGACAGAAUCCAACCCCUGAAGAGUUACAGGAGAUGAUAGAUGAGGUGGAUGAAGAUGGCAGCGGUACGGUAGACUUCGAUGAGUUCUUGGUUAUGAUGGUGCGCUGCAUGAAGGAGGAGAGCAAAGGAAAAUCAGAGGAGGAGUUGGCGGAGCUGUUCCGCAUGUUUGAUAAGAAUGGGGACGGAUACAUAGACCUAGAGGAGCUGAAGGGCAUGCUGGAGUCGACCGGAGAGUCCAUCACAGAAGAUGACAUCGAGGAGCUGAUGAAGGAUGGAGACAAAAACAAUGAUGGAAAGAUUGAUUAUGACGAGUUCCUGGAGUUCAUGAAAGGUGUUGAAUAAAGGAUUCAGCUGGAGGCCGUCGACUGCACCGUGAUCAUCAUAUGAGGACAUUUUCAUGAAGACAAACAGAACCCCGGUCCUCAGCAGACCCUUGUCCUGUUAGCUGAUCUUAAACUACCCCACCGAUGCACUGAGAGGUUCACUGAGAUCUCAUUGACUGCUAAUAUCUUUGUUUCUGAUAGUGGAGAGAAUCCAGAUUGUGCAAUGCAAAGAAUAUUUUCAUUAAAAAGAUUUGCAUUAUUGCACCUUUUGUCUCUUGUAUUACGUGAUAUCUUGUGUUGUUUCAAGCAUACUAUCGUAAAAUCUGAUUUUAAAAAAAAAGGUUGGAAUCAAUCGUCAGCAGAGUUGGACUGCAGACCAAAAAUCUGUCUUUACAAGUCUUGUUUUC